UGAUGUCAAUUGUAACCCCAAAUCACAGUGCUUCAAAAUUGACAAUCUGGAAUUUAGCGAAUCUGAUGAAAGAUUGAUCCAAGCAAUCCCAUAACUGCUGUGCAUGUUCUUCCAUUAUCUUUUGAGCACUGUGUUUGGUAAUCUCUAUCUCAAAAACCUCACACAGUUUCAUGUCACAGUGUCAUGAUGAACACUGUUUGAAUUAGGCAAAUUUGUUUCAAUUUUGCAUUGUUGGUUUAAAUCCGAGGAGAGAUGAGGGAUGAGGAUUCCCUGCCGAUAUCAACACCCACAACAAUAUAUUCAUCAUCGGCAUUGAUCUCUAAUAAGAAGGAAACCCUAGAGUAUAGCAUCUUUAGAAGAGGCCGGUACAAGUUUUGGGCCCUCGCCGCCAUUAUCCUCCUCGCAUUUUGGUCAAUGUUUACAGGCACCGUCACUCUCCGCCUCUCCGUCGGCAACCUCAACCGAUUAUCCGAUGACAUCGCUAAUGGCCCUCCUAUCUAUGACGAUUUCGACGUCCUUGAAAUGGAGGAGCGAGAGAAAGUGGUGAAGCAUAUGUGGGAUGUAUACACCAAUAGCCGUAGGAUCAGAUUACCUCGAUUCUGGCAGGAAGCGUUUGUGGCUGCUUACGAGGAUUUAACAAGCGACACACCUGAAGUGAGAGAAGCUGCCGUAUCCGAGAUCGCUAGAAUGUCUUUACACUCUAUUCAUCUUGAUCCUCCUCCUCUCCAAUCAACGAAUUUACGAGAAUUAAGUUUAAGGCAUGCACAGCAAAACAACAACAAGGCGGGGCUUCCAAGAAAGUAUAGUUCGUAA